AUGACGGCAUGCGCUCCCAAGACAGGUGCUCCUAUCUUCCCCGCAACUGUUUCUACCAUCCAACAAUAUCCCACGCACGAGAUCAUGUCGCGCCGGGGUGUUGGCCUCGGGGCCUUUGCGAAUAGAACUCAGGCGACUCAAUCCUAUGCCACCCAUGGCGCGAACCUCAGAUCUACCCACCUGGCGUCCCUCCAAACUCAGCUCUCUGUCUUCCAGUCGCUUUUACAUACUUUUGCACUUGAGCACAGCUCUACUAUUAAAUCCAACCCUACAUUCCGUGCUGAAUUUGCGCGCAUGUGUAAUACAAUCGGUGUCGACCCACUGGCAGCAAGCAACAUCAAGGGCAAGAAUGGACGGCGAGGGCUGGGCGAAGGGGGUAGCUUUUGGACCCAGAUCCUCGGAGGAGACAUGAACGACUUUUACUUUGAAGUUGCUGUGCGAGUGGUGGAGCUCUGUAGAGAAACGCGAAGUGAGAACGGAGGUUUGAUAGGCGUCGAGGAAUGUCGGAAACAGGUUGGGCGAGGGAAAGCUAUCGGUAGUGGACUAGAGGUUUCAGCAGAUGACGUUCUUCGCGCCGUUCGAUCGCUUGAGCCUCUUGGCUCUGGAUUUUCCAUUGUCAAUGUUGGCUCCAAACAGUACAUCCGGUCCAUUCCGAAGGAGCUGAAUACCGACCAGGCUACGGUCCUAGAUGUGAUCCAAAUGCUCGGGUUUGUGAGCGUCUCGAUGCUACGUCUCAACUUGAAUUGGGAAAAAGCUCGGGCGCAAACCGUGAUCGAUGACCUCGUUGCGGACGGGCUGGUUUGGGUGGAUGCCCAAGGCCCGGAAAAGGAGUACUGGUCUCCGCAGAACUUACUGAACGAUACUUGA